AUGGUGAACUCGAGCUUGGUGCCGUUCGAAGGUGCCACAAAGGACGAGAAUAGUUGGGGAAUCUCCGGCAGCAGGUCGACGGCAAGGAACAGAUGCCACACGGGAGCGGACCUAAUCGCUCCCACGCGGAGAUGCCUUAGUCAGGCGCCCCAGCACAACGGCCUGGUAAUGGUCUGCGAGGUCUCGCUGGGUGCACAAGUCGCGGCUCUGUGUGGAAGACAGGGAUUGAAGGGCUGUUGGUUGUGGAGGACCAAAAAAAUGUUGCACCCUGAAGACCAGCUCGUGGUGAGACCUCGGUACCGGCAGACCGGGAAUUGCGGUGUAUUAGAGUGCAUACACUCGGACGAGAACAUCGGUGCCGUAGGAGACUCGGGCCCGGCAGUCGAGUCGGGGACCCUUGAAGCGAUCAGGGGGUACAGCCAAGAGCCUGCGCUGUAUGGGGCCCAGGGCGUCCUUUGCAAAGCGGAUUCACGGCACAGCGACCUUUGGCAGGCCCAGUAG